AUGUACUUGAUCCCGCCACCGCUCGGUCACUCGAACACACGCUACCGAUCGACCGGGACACGCUCGUCACAGACGACCAAGCGCAGCAAGAAGAGCAGUGCUGCUGACGCCCCUCUGCUGCCGCAAGAGUCUGCGGGCAGUGCCGGCGACGGCAACAACAAUGCAGCAAGCACAGCAGAGCCGAGCAAGUAUCACCCGGCAGCCAUCGCACCGUCUUCCACCCUCCGGCAAUGCGACGGCUUGAAUGUCGUGAAGAACAAGGCGCGGGGACGAGGGCGGCAGCUCAUGGUACUGCCCGGCGCGCUCGGCCUCGGCAACGGCAGUACCGGCGGCAAACUUGGGACGCUGAACAAUGCCACACCGGCGAACCCGGUGCUGUACAUGGAAUUUCCCGAGGGUCGGCUGAAGUGCACGGGGCGCACGGUGCACGCCAAGGGAAGGUUCUUCACGCUGUACGCGGACAAGGCUGCCGGCCGCGCUACCCGCAUGGACUGCCGCGACGUGUUCGACUCCGCCGUGUUCUUCAGCAAGGCUUGCUGGGUGGGAAAGAAGGAAGACAAUCCGUCCGAGGAACCCCUUCCCCUGCCAGAGUCGCUGCAGUCCCUUCGAGGAGAGGAUGAACAGGCCUCAGGCGGUGGUGGCGACGACGGUGACGCCACCGGCGGGGGCGAUGCCGCGCCGAAGCUCACGGCCGCCGACUUCAAGACACACUUCGGCGGUGGGAACCCGGCAUCUCUCAUGUCGGGAGACUCGGAAAGCAAAGCCUCCGCGGGCAACGACGCGGGUAACGGGGGGCGGGGUGGCGGCGGCAGCGGUGGAGAGGAAGGAGAAGGGAGGUCGGCCGCGGCGGCGGGGGCAGCGACGAAGACGGUCGGCCGACGCACCAGUAGCCGUUCCACCAAGAGCACUAAGACGUACGUAGAAGAAGACUCGGAUGAUGGCGAGCUUGAGGACGGGAGUGGCAGCAGCAGCAGCAGCGGUGACGAAGGGGCGGGAGGAGAGAGAGGAGGGGCCGACGAUGGAGACGAGGACGUCGUUGCCGUUGAGGGAGGAAGCAGUGGUAGCAGCAAGAACGGCGGUGGUGGCAGCGGCAGCGGCAGCGGUAGCGGUAGCGGUGCCGGAGGGGUGGAGGCGUUCUCUAUCCUCAACGCGCCGGCCGCGGCGAAGAGGAAGCCGGUCACGGUGGGCUCCGGCAAGGAGGAGAAGAACGCGCCGGCCUCGAGCAAGAAGAGAAAGGCCGCCGCCGGCAGCGCUAAAGGGAAAGGCCGCCGCCGAGCGCUGGCGAGCUCCGGGUCUUCGUCGUCGAGCGAUGACGAUGACGACACGGGUGGUCGCGGAGAAGAGAACGGGGAUUCCGGUGAGGAGUCUCCGGCUUCGGGGGAGGACGUGGCGGCGGCGGCGGCGGCGGUGAGAUCGGGUCCCGCGAGAAGGAGCCGCCGGUCUAGCGCCGUGUCGCGGGUUAAGUACACCCAGAGCAGCAGCGGUUCCGAGGAGGAGGAUGAGGAGGAAGAGGAAAAGGAAGAGGAAGGAGGUGAUGAUGAUGAUGAUGAUGAUGAGUUCGAGCCGUAG